AGAAGCAAUAAAGCAUAUUGGGACUGCUGUGUGAUUCAGUCCAGAAGAAAUGAGUAUCACCUAUCAUCUUAAGUCCUGACAGAAACGAGAUCCCGAGGAAGUGCUUUGCAGCAUUCACUGAGCCUUUUGUUGAAAAGGGUCCUUCUCAUUUGGGUGAGUCAUGCUUUUGCUGUGAGAGACUUGGCAGCUCUGAGCUGGACUGGGAUCUUUCUGUUGCACAGAAAAUUACCGCUUUGCCUAGCCUUACCAUGGAACCUUAAGCAAAAUUCCUUUCAUUUUUUCUUUUAAAAAAAACCACAAGCUCCUCCCCAUGGCCACAUUUUCACUGACCAUCUUUGAUACUCUAAAUCAUCUGCUAUGUUAGUAGAGGGGUUUCCUGUUUGCUGGAACGAACACAAGAUUCCAGAUAGAAGGGCAUGCUUCAGCGUUCCAAGUAUAACCGCUUCAGGAAUGAUUCGGUGACAUCAGUGGAUGAUACGGUCCAUAACUGGUCCAUCAACAGCAAGUUAUCCUCAACAGAUACCAUUUCAGCGUCUUCGCCAUAUCUGGCCUCACCUGAGAACCUCCAGAAGGAGCAUGGUGGAAGCACCACCCUUUCCACUCUUGUGCCUAAAGCGUCCCACUUAAAACUCUCCUCCACAGGCAGCCUUUGGGGCAUCAAGAACCUUUCCUCUGCAGUGAAAGAGCUGGCUGUCGCCAAGUUGCAGGGUAGUUCAGCAGCAGAGACUUCAGACAACACAUGUAGCCUUGCCACUGCCACCCUGCCUUCUCAGCAGGACAAGAACAAGAUGAAUACCGGGAAAAAACCAUGGUCGGAGGAAAUGUACCUGGGAGAUGAGGACUGGAAUCAGCGUGGCAGCACUGCCAACAAAGUACCCCAAGGAUGGCUGCAUUCAAAUGAGAAGAUCCUAGGACCAGGAGUGAUGUAUAUUGUGAAGUAUUUGGGAUGUAUAGAGGUCUUGCGGUCCAUGAAAUCUCUGGAUUUUAAUACUAGAACACAGAUAACAAGAGAAGCAAUUGGCCUUGUUUGUGAAGCUGUGCCAGGAACCAAAGGAGCUUUUAAAAGAAGAAAGCCACCAAGUAAAGCUCUCUCUAAUAUUCUGGGGAAGACCAAUCUUCAGUUUGCAGGAAUGAACAUCAGUCUGAAUAUAUCUACUACCAGCUUAAACCUGAUGACUCCCGACUGCAAGCAGAUUAUAGCAAACCAUCAUAUGCAAUCUAUUUCUUUUGCAUCUGGAGUAGAUGUGGAUACAACAGACUAUGUUGCAUAUGUAGCUAAGGAUCCUGUUAAUCACAGAG